UCCAAGAAAUUUAGAAACCCUCUCUCUCUCACGAUCGAUCUCCCUCCCCCUUCUUCUUGCUUGGGUUUUGAGUUUCUGAGAUGAUUUAUUCCCAGUAAAAGUUAACCAAAAUAGUAAAGAGGAAUUCCUGACAGCCGAGCCAAUCGAUUGUAGAGAGAGAAACAAGCAAUGUAUAGAGAGAGAGAAAAGAGAAAUUCAUCUAUGGAGGGGGAGGGCCAAGAGGGGGAUCAGAUUCUGGAGAUUAACUUGAUCUCGGCCCAAGGUUUAAAGACGCCGUCCGGAAGUCGUCGCCGGAUGCACACCUACGCACUCGCUUGGGUUGACCCGACAGCCAAGCUCCGGACCCGAACCGACCGUGUCGGAGCCGAAAACCCUACUUGGAAUGAUAAGUUCCUGUUUCGCGUUUCUUCCCACUUCCUUGCCUGCGAAACCUCCGGCGUCACUGUCGAGAUCUACGCCGUCGGCUAUAUCAGAGAUUAUCUCAUCGGCACCGUGCGUUUUCUGCUGAGUAGUUGCCUCGGCAAAUUCCCCUCUUCAGCCGACGCAAUCGCAAUUGGUACUCCGGCGUUCACUGCGGUCCAAAUCCAGCGUCCUUCCGGUAGGUUUCACGGAGUCCUCAACAUCGCCGCUUCGGUUUGCAGCAGCGCCUGUUCCGAUUUUGAAAUAUUCAGCGGCGCGUCGGCAAUUAGUUUCCGUGAUCUCGUGGGUGCUGAGCUUGAGAAAGAAAAGGAGGUUGACCGCCGGCAGCGGCGAAGGCUGAGCCGCAUAGGGUCGAGUAAUAGCGUGCGGUCAUCCGGCGGAGAAUCUUGUGACUUUGACUUUUCUUCGUUGGACUUGUCGUCGGACGGUGCUGAAUCAACGACGUCGUCUUCAUCGACGGCUUCUAAUGCUUUGAAAGAAUGGAAUGGAGUGAGGACGGAGGUGGCCCAGAAAGUCAAGGAAAUGAAAAAUAAGGGUGGUGGAGAAGGAUUACUAUGUGGACUUAUGCUUCAGAGGAGGGUUCGUUUUUGCCAGUCGGAUCAAAAUUUGCGUUUCUGGGAAGAGUCGUUGGAAAGUUAGGAAGCCUGAUGAUGCGGUGGAUUUCUGGUGGGCUGUUGGUUUUGAAUUUUGAUGGCUACGAUUUUGCAGAAGAUCCCCUUUCUUUUUUUGGCAGAUAAAUCAACUUGAGCUUUUGCUAGUUCUUUUUCCACAAAAAAAAAAAAAAAAAAAAAAGCUUUUGCCAGUUCUCACCUCCUGUUGCCGAUUUGUUGGGGAAAUUUUGAUAGGUGGGUGGUCUGGAGUUUUCCUGGGAGCAGUAUUAAGCGGGAUAAUGGCGAAAUUAGGGAACUUUUUUGACUGGAACUAGAAUUUUUUUCCUUGGCAUAAAGAAAAUUAGUAGCAAUAGUAGUAGUAGCAGUGUUGUUUAGUUCAUCUCGUUUGGACAUUCGCAUUAGAGUUCAGAAAGAUACACCGCAGACGAAUUUUCCAUGGGAGGAGCUUAGAUGUCAGACCUGCAAUUUUCGAUUCACCUGAUAUGCUAUAGUAUAAUUGAGAUGCCAUGCUGAUCUUGGCUUUAUCUGUC